AUGGUUUCUUUUAAGACAUCGAAAGGCCGAAAUCAAACGAUGGUGACGAUGCACGAAUACGAGCGCGAGAAACAGUUGACCUUAUGUUCAAUCAUCCUUGGAGGAAACUUGAUUUCAGGGUGUUCCGCAAGUGGACCUUCGAAGAGUCGGAAGACGCUCAGAAGCCGUCGGGAGACGGCAACGAAGACGAGGUCGUCUAUUGAAAGUCCUGCGAGGAUCUAUCUAAUUUUGAAAAUUAUCAUCCUAAAACGUUUUUUUUUUCAAUUAGUGGCAAAGCUGGUUCUGAGAACAGUGGCUGAUAAAAACUUGAAAAAUCUGUCAUUGGAAUCCCGGCGCGGGGCGGGUAGUUCCGCUCACCGUUCUUAGGAACGCCAGAGUGGUUACCAAAGGGCUCAUGCAAAUUCCCCUCCAGGGGGCACCCUGCCUCCCUUAUUGGGGCUCUCAAACUUACAAAAGCGCUCUCUAGAGACGUUUCAGUUAGUAACCCCUCUGGGUGAACACGCUGGUGAACACUUAUUUUUAACUUUGAAACCUGAACAAAAAUUUGAAAGACCACUAUAAUAUAUACAUUCGUGAGAAACCGAAGUAAAAUUGUUUGUUCUUCUUCUUUGAAUCGGUCCAAAAAAAAACACGUUUCUUGUUAGGUUUCCAUCAUUCUUUAUCCUAUGAAUUUACAGACUACGAAAAAUAGUCGAACUGCGAGUGCACAAAACAAAGAAGCGCCGUCUGAAUCGAAAGGAGUUCGAGGCGACAGCGAAAGACGGUGAUAAUUUUCUGAGAAGCUAAUUUUGAUGAGGCCUGUGGUUUAGGCCGGCCUGACCCGGGCUUUUUUUUUGAGAAAAAACCAGCAAGGUUUUUGAGCCAGGCCCAAAAAUUUUUUUAAUUUCAUUAAAAAAAUGUUCGCUGAAAAUAUUUUUUUACUAGUUAAAUCAUAUUUUUUUGUUGAACUCGAAGUGAAAAAAAUAAACAAAAAAACAAGAGUUUCGUCGUAAAAAAGCUUGAUAUAGUCUAUUUUUCCCCCACUUGAAAGGCGAGAGAGGCGGGCAAAGGGGCGGGACGCGUAGCGUGUGCGUACGUGGUUUUUGGCACGAGUUCAAUUUAAUGCCACAUCAUUGCAUCAAAAAGGAAUAAAUACAAAAAGAGCGGUGACCGAGCUUUUUAAAUAGUCGGUGACGCUUGAAUGGAAGUCGUGCCAAGAACCGCGAACGCACACGCUACGCGUCCCACCCCGUUGCCCGCCCUUUGAAGUGGGGGAAAAAUUCACUAUAUUUGACUUGAAGAAAGUUCGAGCAUUCUGGGCAGGGCUCGCCAUUUUUGCUGAGGCCUUGCUAGGGCUGGGCCGGGCCGUUCCGGUAGGCUGACGGGCAGGCCCAGACUGAUUUGAAGUAGGUUCUCAAGUACGAAUCAGACAGGUCGCACUUUCACAUGUAAAACGCUAUAAUAUUUAUUUUUUGUAAAGGCGAAAUUUGACGGGAAAAGAAAGCUUGCUACAACUUCGCACACUUCAGUGAUGUGAUUACAAACUCAAAUUUGAGAAAGUUUAAACAAUUACAAGUACUUGUUACAACACUUAAGUGUAAAAAAACUUUAAUUUUUUUUUAAAAUUUUUCAUUCAGAGAAAACUGUUAGUUUGAAAAUUUUCUUGUUUUGAGUUGUACUUUUUAUGCAGGUUUUACGUUUGUCGAAAACUUGACAGUUUUUUUUUUCUUUUUUUAAUGAUUUUUAUAACAGUUCGCCUUUGGCUCGACGUCUGAAACAAAAACGCGUCGAGGAGCAUGAACGUCGUCUUCAGCAACGCGAGGACCUUCUCCGUCGGCAGGACGAGACCGAGGUUAUCAGUUCUGGAAACUCAGGGCUCUCGUAGUACUUCUUCUUUUUCCCAGCGCGUGAUACCCAUUUUUGUUUCUUUCAGAGCAUAAACAAUCAGAAGGUGAAGAGAGAAGUCGAAGAAGCGAAGAAGUCGUUCAGUCUUGCCGCCAAGCACUAUGACAUGUGUCUGGUUGGUUCAACGGCUGAGAUUCAAAAGGAAAUGUUCUUUUCAGUCUGUCGGGAAGCAGGUCCUGCCCGAUGGCUCGAAGUACCAGGAGGCUUUGCACAACGUCGUCAAGUUCCUCGAAACGCUUCGCAAAUAG